AUGUCUGAAGAUGGUCAGGAGUUGCGCCCCAUUCCCCUCACCAAAGUCUCAGCUGAUGUCACUUGGUUGGAUGUAGGCAUCAAGGUCACCCUCACACAGACCUAUAAGAACAAGGAAACCAAGCCAGUGGAAACCCAAUAUGUAUUCCCCGUGGAUGAUCGAGCUGCUGUAUGCGGCUUUCAGGCUGAAAUUGAAGGGAGGACAAUUCAUGGAGCGGUAAAGAAGAAACAGGAAGCUAGGGAGAUCUACGAAGAAUCGGUGAAACAAGGAAAAACCGCGUUUCUCGUCGAGGAAACCAAGCCGGAUAUAUUUCAGGCAAGAAUCGGGAAUCUCUCUGCUGGGAGUGUCGCAACCAUAACUCUAACAUAUGUAACACAAGCAACAGCAGAAGGAAAUGCACUCCGAUUUUUCCUUCCUACGACCAUUGCCCCGAGAUAUAUUCCACCAAGUGAUGCCAGUGAAGCUGCGAAAGUAAUCGGCGACAUCGAUUACUCAUUCUUCUCACCAUGUCCCUUAGAAAUCCAAAUCCAUAUUGAGACGGAACGAAAAGCUCUAUCCAUCAACAGUCCCACGCAUGAAGUCAAAAUCUCCUCGAAGAAUGAGGUUUCAGUCUCAAAAAGGAACUUCAGGACAGAGGUGCAACUCCAAGGAGUUUCGACAGACAUGGACAGAGAUUUUGUGAUGCUUCUGGAGACAGAGGCACAUCAUCAGCCAAGGCUGACAUUGGAGAAAAGUUCCGAUUCCACUGUUGCGGCCAUGAUUACAUUGAUCCCAAGUUUCAAACUACCCCCAUUGAAGUGUGAUUUCAUAUUUGUGAUUGACCGUAGUGGGUCAAUGGGUGGGGAAAAGAUGGAGAAGGCGAAAGAUGCAUUGCAGCUGUUCCUAAAGUCAUUGCCAACGGACUCGUAUUUUAACAUCAUGAGCUUUGGCUCUACUUUUUCUUCAUUAUGGGAGGGAAGUCAAAAAUACGGAGAAGACAGCCUGCACAAGGCAGCUGCACAUGUUCUUGAGAUGGAAGCAAACUUCGGUGGAACGGAAAUUUACGAACCUCUCUCAACUAUUUUCCAGCAGGUACAGCGUGAUGGCUACCAUCGUCAAGUGAUUGUUCUUACUGAUGGUGAAGUGAGCAACACAGAGGAAGUUAUUGCACUUGUAAGAGAAAACUGCAAAACGAGUGAGACAAGGGUUUUUGCCUUAGGUGUGGGGAGUGAUGCGAGUCAUUAUCUCGUGAAUGGUAUUGCACUUGCUGGGAAUGGAGAAGCUCAAUUUGCCACUCUGAAAGAGGGACUGAGUGGAAAAGUCCAGCACCUUCUCAAGAACUCGUUUCAACCUUCACUGACCUCUGUGAAAGUAAUUUGGGCUCACUCAGACACCUUUGAAAAGCCAGAGCCUGGUAAGCCUCAUGAAGUCGUCACUGAGAAAACUUUGCUCGGGUAUGGAAAACCUGCACCAGAGAAGAAGGAUGUUCAAGGAGAUGAAGAAAUCGAGAGAGUCAGAGACCCAUUGAUGAGCAUCAAAAAAUUCCCUUGUAUCUUUGAUGGCAGUUGUUAUGCAGCUUAUUGCAUAUAUAACAAUCCUAACAUCAUUCCAGAAGCGAUAACGUUGAGUGCUGAUUCUCCAGUGGGGCCGUUAUCGGUGACGUUCCCUGUGAUUCUCGAGGAGAGUUCUGUUGGGAAUAUUGUGCACACUCUUGCAGCACAGUCUGUCAUUCGAGAGUUGGAAGAAGAGCUGCAAGAUCGAAUACUGAACAAUGAUGAUCAUUCGAAGAAGGAGAACACUGCAAUUUAUUUGGGUAUUAAAUACAACUUGGCAUCCAGUCUCACCUCCUUUGUUGCUGUUGAUGAAAAAGGAGAGAUACAAAAGGAUGCUCCUGUCCUUAGGACCGUCCCAAACAUGAUGCCAUUUGGAUAUGGUAUGGCAGGUGGAGGCAUGCCGCCCGUAUUAUAUAGUAUGUGCAUGAGUGCUCCUCCACUCGGAGGUUCAUUUAAUUCUGCUCCUCUAAUGAUGAGUAUGCAAUGCGACUAUGCUCCUCCCCCACCUCCCCCCUGUUCCAUGAAAUCUGCAAGGUAUGCUCCGUGUGUGCCUCCCCUCAAUGUCAUAAUGACAGAUAGGAAUGAAAUGAUUAGUUGUGAUGCAGCUCUGGUUGCCCAAGGUUUUGACGAUCAAGAAUUUUAUCAACCCUCCGUCGAGGAUUUUGCCUCCUCCGACUCCAUUGCUCGCGAUCGGGCUCAUCUUCACGAAAAGGAAGAAACGUUUCUGGCCGUGUCUGAUACUAGAACAGUCGAUAUGACCACAGAUGAAGGAAAGCUGAAGUUACUGACCACCAUGCAGCGUUUUGACGGGUCAUUCCCAUUCGAUCAGCAACUUUUGGUGUUAUUUGGCGUAAUCGAGGAGGAAUUCUUCAAGGAAAAAGCUGCAAACAAAUGCGGGGAUUCCGAUUUGGUCACUGCAGUAGCCGUGGUCUUCAUGGAGCUGAAGUUGUCAGCAUAUCAAGAUCACUGGGAACUAAUGGUGAAGAAGAGUCGUUCUUGGCUUGAGGGAAAGGGAUUGUCCUCCUUGAUUGAGAAAGGCAAACGUCUUAUUUCCGCUGAAGGCUGAAGCCUGGUUUUUCCUGAUCACCUGGGCAAUAUAAAACUCAGAUUUGGUUUUAAAUUCAAUUUUGGUCAGUUUUACCAAAUUUACACAAUCUAUGAUUCAUGUAUUUAAUCUAUUUAGCCGAAUCUGCUUGACAUAAUAUCUUUUUACAAAAUAUUUAAAUUUGACAUAGUAAUAUUCGCUAUGGAAUCUGGCUGAUGUGAUCGAAAGCUCACCAUUGCACCUCGUGGAACUUCUUUCAGUGAAUGCAUGCAAUUUUAUGAUUUGUACAUAUUGUAUUUUCUAUUGAUUAACAUUUAUGCACGUAAUAAAAGAAGUG